GGCACUGACCGAGUUUCUCUCUGAUGGCGAACGUCAGUGGCCUUUCAUGCACUGCCUGCUACUACGUAAGGGGAGCUUAGAGCUGGUAACGAUACCGUAAGGGGUUGGGCUAAGCUUCCCAGCCCGUAGCGGGCAGGCUGUUAAAAUGUCAGCUUUGCAAGAAAUCCCAUCACCAAUCAGCAACAUGCAGACAUCCAACUUUGCACAUGUGAUCUUUCAGAAUGUGGCUAAGAGUUACCUUCCAAAUGCCCCCCUUGAGUGUCAUUACACUCUCACUCAAUAUAUCCAUCCACAUCCAAAAGACUGGGUUGGUAUAUUUAAGGUUGGUUGGAGCACUCCUCGGGAUUAUUUUACAUUUCUUUGGUCUCUCAUGCCAGAAAAAUAUGUGGCAGAGUCCACUUGUAACUGUGUACUGACUUUUCAAGGAUACUAUCUUCCUAAUGAUGAUGGCGAGUUUUACCAGUUUUGCUAUGUAACCCACAAGGGAGAGAUCCGUGGUGCAAGCACACCUUUCCAGUUUCGGGCAUCUUCUCCUGUAGAUGAACUCUUAACCAUGGAAGAUGAGGGGCAUUCAGACAUGUUGGUUGUAACUACUAAAACUGGACUUCUUGAGUUAAAAAUUGAAAAAACCAUGAAAGAAAAGGAAGAACUUGUAAAAAUAACAACUGUGCUUGAAAAGGAAGUGCUACAGUUGAGAGAGCAUGUCGAAGGCUUAGAAAGUGAGUUUCUGCGGGAGCAAAAGAGAUCUGAACAACUAUCUUCAGAGCGAGAGGAAUUGUUUAAUGCAUCAGAAAUCUUAAGAAAUGAAAGUGAUGAAGCCAAAAGAAAAUGUAAGGAGAUGUCAGCUAAAAUUAUUCAGCUAGAAGAAGAUAUCAUGUUGGUGACACAGAAGGCAAUAGCAAAAGAAACAGAGUUGGACAGCUUGAAAGAUAAAUUAAAGAAAGUAGUACUGGAGAAAGAUCAACUGGAAUGUCAGCUGAAAUAUGAGAAGGAUGAAAAAGAUCUCUAUAAGGUUCAUUUGAAGAAUACAGAGAUUGAAAACACCAAGCUGCUAACUGAGGUCCAGACAUUAAAGAACUUGGAUACAAACAAAGAAAAUCUGAUUUCCCACUACAAGGAAGAGCUUGGCAAGCUGCAGAUUUGUCUAGCUGAUAAAGAAAAAAUGAAUAAAGAACUUCUGCAGAAUUCUUCAAAUAAAGAGGAUAUCGCCUUUUUAAAGCAACAGCUACGAAAAUUGGAGGAUCAACACCAAGCCAGCAGACAAGAAGUCUCUUUAAUGUCUAGGGAAUUGAGUGAGGCAGUAAAUAAACGUGAUAAAACCAUGGCCGAUCUCCACUCAGCCCGUCUUGACACAGACAGUGUGAGGAUGCAACUGGCUGAUGCUUUGGCUCAACUAAGUAUGCGAGAUGAGCAACAGCAGAAGUCCAACCCUUUUGCUAAAAAGGACCAGGGGGCAGACAAUAACAGAGUGGAGCAGGAGCUUCGCAAAGAGGUUGAAGACCUGAAGCUGAGAUUGCAGAUGGCAGCGGACCACUAUAAAGAUAAAUUUAAAGAAUGCCAGAAGCUUCAGAAGCAAGUAGUAAAACUCACAGAGCAGCUUAAAGCUACAGAAAAUCAGCAGAAAGAAAGAGAACUGUUUUGUGCUACAGAGGCUGCAGCUGUUACAGUUAUGAAGCAAUGUACUCCACCAGUGAGUCCGUUUACUUCUGAUUCUUUACCUGAAUUUGACAUUAGAGAGCAAGUGCGGGAAAUGAGCUUAGAAAUGGCUGAAAAAACAGAAAAAUAUCGCAAGUGUAAGCAAAUGCUGGCUGAAGAAAAAGCAAGAUGCAGUGCCUAUGCUGAUGAUGUUGCCAAGAUGGAACUAAAGUGGAAGGAGCAGCUCAAAGUCAACGACAGCAUCAAGCGGCAAUUGAUUGCUUUGGAUGAUCAAUAUAAAGUGCAGUCUGCAGAGAAAGAUCGAGAAAUAUGUGACCUGUCUUAUAGUAUUGAAACACUUCGUAAUGAAAAGGCGAAAAUGGAGAGAUUUAUAAAUGAUCUUGAGAAAAAACUGGAAAAACAAGCAGGCUGGGCUGCAAGUAACACACAGGGGCUGCAGUUCUUUAAUCCAUAUUGUGAUGAACACAGAUUAGCUCCUGCCAUUCCAGCUCAGCAGCCUCUUCUUCAGUUUGGAAAUCCAUAUGCAUCUCAAGAAACUAGAGAUGGAGCAGAUGGAGCUUUUAAUCCAGAUGAAGUCCAAGGACCUCCAGUAAGAGCUACCUCCUGGGGUCUCGAGGACAAGGUUGUCUGCAGUCAACCUGCUCGCAACCUUAGUCGGCCUGAUGGUUUGGAAGAUCCUGAUGAAAACAAUGCAGGCCUAAUUACUAAGGAUGAAGACGAUGAUGAUGAUGACGAUAAUGUAAAUUUUGAACAAACUCCUGAUCCUACACGCAUCGCCAUGCAUGACCAAUCAGGCUUCUGCUUUGAAGCAGGGUACACUAUGAAUAAGAAGUGCCCUCUCUGCCCAGUCUCAUUUCCCCCCAACUACGACCAGGGCCAGUUUGAAGCCCACGUGGAGAGUCACUGGAAAGUCUGCCCCAUGUGCAACGAGCAGUUCCCCCCAGACUGCGACCAGCAGAUCUUCGAGCGGCAUGUGCAGACCCACUUUGAUGGCAGUGUCUUGAAUUUUGACUAAAGCCGCCAUGCUUGUUGUAUGUUUGUAAUGUAGCGGUGAGGAGAUCACCUUAAAAACUAGGUGUGCAAUGUAGCUUAAAGCGUCACUCCCCAUCAGAACCAAUGGGGGCAAUAAAUCUGCUUGGAAGUAGGGAUCUGUCAUUACUUUCCCUUAAACAGACUAUAACGUAUGUGGCCAUGGGCUGUCCCUUCAUGAUUUCAUAUUCCUCAGUAUCCGCACUUGUCUGAACCCAUCCUUAGUCCCCUCAUUCAGGGCAAGCAAAAUGGCAGUUUCCAUUGAUAUAUACUUUAAUGAAAGCAGCAUAUGGCUUGGUUGCUGGUAAUAUGCUGUAAUUAUUUGCACAGACAUUUAUAAUAGAUUAAAGUCAAGUGAAUCCAUUAUUCUUAUACCUAUCUGUUUAGCGGAGAGUGGGAUAACCCACUUAUACACGAGGGGGUGGGAAACAUUUCCCUUUAGAAAUGUUCUGCAAUGAUUUAAACAUAAUUUCUUGCUUCUCUUACGAUAUGAUAGAUUUAACUUAGUGUUAAUUGCAGUUAAUCCUUUAAAGACAAGAGAGGCCACGGUGUAAAGGGCACAAAACCCAAAUGCUACCAGUGGUAGAAGAAGGGCAGUUCAGUGAUGGCAUAUGCUAGUUAGGGAGUAAUCCCAUUGGUCUGAUUGCAGCAUGUCUAUUUAUACUUCUGAUAAAGUGUUCUGUGGCGCUGGGAAAAAUCCACCCAUUGCUUUCUAUUCAUCUCUACCCUGAGGUAAUAUUACAUUAAUAGCUUGGUUAUUACAGGCGCUGUGUGAUACCCGGAGGAGCCCGCACACAACACUAAAGGGCAUAUUUAUCAAGCUGCGCAACAGAAGAAGUGGAGUUAUGAUGCACUACACAUAGCGAUAAGCUGGGAAUAAGUGGGAGGCGGAGAGUACAAUUCUCUGUGGUGGUUCCUUGUUUUGUUUAAUAAUUUACCUUUUAGCUCAGGAGAAAUUAUUGAGCAAAUUCAGGUGGAAUUUAUCAAGGUGUAGAGUUUGUUUCUGAAGUAAAACAUUUUAUACAGCUUGAUAAAUAGGCCCCUAAAGCUGAACUAUUAUUUGCAGAGUGAUGCAAAGUCAUUUGGUUCCAGCCGACAUAACUGGUUAUUAUGCAGUUGCCUGCCCAAGCCUAUUACAUGCCUGGAAUAAAUGCGCUGUAUGACAUGGCAGUCAGAUAAUAUCAUUUAUUUUAAGAAGGUUAAAGGGGACAUAUACUAUUUAACCUGUAACAUUGCUCAGAAUGCUCUUUUGAGCACUUUUGUAAUUUACAUUUUUUAAAAAGAUUUCAUGAUUUACACUGCUAAGAAAUCGGUGUUGCCUGAGUGCCCCCUGCUUUUUGGCUUCAGUGAGGGUCAAGCAAAACAGCAAGAGUUUACUGAAGCAUAAGCAUCUCUUGACACUUCUCUGCUCACUUCUACUGUCCCCUCAUACUGAGCAAUGGGCUGAGCCGCAGAGCAGCAAGAGACUCGUCCUACUCACAGCAAGGGGAACUUUAUCAUAUGAGCUACUAAUAUUGGGAAACCUUAAAAAUAUUACUGUUAAUUCCAAAAAUGCUUUAAAGAGCUUUCUAACAAUUUUACAUUGUAAAUGGUCCCCUUUACAGAAAUCAUACCAUAUUUAUGUUUUAACUCUUUCUUGUAAUGUCUGUAUAAAGUCUCUUUCUGUUCAGCCCAAGCAUCAUUUGCUUGAACACUAUUGUUCUUCUGUUUCAAAUAAAGAGAAAUCUGAGUGCAUCUGUGUAGCUUGGAGUCUCCACUGCAGUCUCUCCUGUUAUUUCUCUCCUCCCAUAUCUCUCUCUGUAUCUCGCUCUCCCCCCCCCAACUCUUUGCCUUUAUCUCUCCCUCCCAUAUCUCUCUCUGUAUCUCCCACCCCCCAUAUCUCUCCCUGUAUCUCUAUCUCUCCCUGUAUUUCUCUCUCUCCCCCCCCACCAUAUCUCUUUGCCAUUAUCAUUCCCUCCCAUAUUUCUCUCUGUAUCUCCCACCCCCCAUAUCUCUCCCUAUAUUUCUAUUUCUCUCUUCCUCUCUCUUCCCCCCCCCCCGUAUCUCUUUGCCUUUAUCUCUCCCUCCCAUAUCUUUCUCUGUAUCUCCCACCCCCCAUAUCUCUCCCUGUAUCUCUCUAUUUCUCCCUGUAUUUCUAUUUCUCUCUCUUACUCUCCCCCCGCCCCCCCCCCCCCGUAUCUCUUUGCCUUUAUCUCUCCCUCCCAUAUCUUUCUCUGUAUCUUCCCCCCUUUGUAUAUGUCUUUCCUGCAUCUCUGCCUUUAUCUCUCCAUGUUUCAUACCCCAGUAACGGCUACUUUGCGGAACUAUACAACUUGUGUCACAAAUUGUGUUUGAUUGAAUGCAGCCGAGUUUAACCUGGAUGUACGAGUGCAGCUUCUCCUGUAAAUUAAAUCAUUAAACUUUAUUCACCUCUAA